AUGGUGCAAGGGGUAGACACCAUUAAGUUCCGAUUCGUUCACUUACCAGUAAGGACGUUUUUCUCCGAGGUUCAAGAAGAAGAGAAGUCCUCUUACAAGUCCUUGAUUCCAACGCAAAUGGCAGCCAAUGAGGAGAUUUUGCAUAGGUGCCUCCAUAACUUACAUGCGAAUACGCCCGCCAUGGUUCCCGAGCGAGCCAUUGGUGCAUGGGAAGGCGUUUUGAGCACCGUUAAUCAGCGAGCGCUGUCAUUCACUUCAUACAGUGUUAGAGAAUGGCUGGAAGCUAUUGAGUUUGAGUGGGAUCAGAAGCUGCUGAAAUCGCCAUUCCUUUUAUGGGAUGACGUUAUAGCGUUCUCUCACAAGGGAAUUCUUUCAGCGCUACGGCCUCCGGAUUCCAGAUUGUCUGUCGCAAUUCUCGAACCCAAAAUAUCUACAGAAGUUCCUGGGACGCAGGCCAAGUCUCUCAGCACGAUAUCGGAAAAAUUGGCUGACAAGAAGCAUAUAGGUGUUCUGAGCAUCUGGCCACCUCCCAGCUUUGAAAAUUUCACCGUUUGUAUCGAUCCGAGUUCCGCCUACAUGGAUAUUGAAGGCCACGCUUGUGGCUGGGUUGGUCGCUACAAAGUCUUUUCGACAAUAUCAAGAAAACCUCUGGGCAGUGUACUUCUUACCCUCAACUCAUCCGACAUGAUUCUAGUUUUCCGUCAGUCAUUCCGGCAAGAUUCGUCGCAGGCAGAUUGGGUCCAAGAGAAGAAAUAUUUUGAAACUUCUUUUCCCAUGGUCAUUGGACCGGCUUGCAAGACGUUUACGAUUCUCAGAAACGUGUACCAUAUUCAUCUUGGCACGGAAGACGACCUCAGCUCAGGGACAGUUCAAUCUUGUCCGCUACCGCUGGAAUUUCUCGAGCACCCUGAAGGGCUCAGGUCUCUGAAUGAGUUAAAGACAUACUCUUUGCCGGCGAACAUUAAACCUGCGGCUUCGAGGUUGAUUCGGGAUUGGUACACCUACUCAAUAUCGUUCAGCUCAGACGAAAACCUGCUUUCUUUCGCCGACUAUCGCAAGCCAUGUCUUACCACCGUUGCUAUAUUCCGUCUCCACAAGUCGUCAAGCAGGGGACUCGAUGCAAAACUCGUCAAUUUUACGAAAGGAAGAAUCAGCCCGACGAUAUCUUGCCAAACUUUCCAUCCUGACCGCGCUCUCUUUUCCUUCGUAGCAGAAUCCAAACUUUGGACCUGGUUUUAUUCUGAGAGAGGCGGGGAGAAUACAAGCAUGGCCACCCGAUUCGACGUAUGCUGCACGAAAGAGGGUUCUCAAGAAAUCUUUUGGAGUCUCCCCGACCACAAUUUUCAUAAAGCAAGCUGCAAAGUUUCUGCUAUCAGCUACUCGCCAUGUGGACGCUUUCUCCUAGCAACGACCGAUCGUGGUGUAGAGGUCAUCAAAAUUCCUCUGAAUGAGAGUACCGGAAUGAAGCUCGUGAGAUCAGGAGUAGGCUCACUAUCGCAUCCUAUCAAUAGUGAUGUCAGACCUCGUCGCCUCGAAGACCUGAGAACAACAAUGAACAACCUUCCGAUUGUCCGCUCGGGAUCCCAACUAGUUGCAGGAGACCCUCUCCUGGCUCAACUCAAUCUAUACAUUGAGACGACAGGAAAUAAUCUCAUACUUUCCCAUACAUCUGCAAGCUCAAUGUCUCCGGAAGCUAGCGUCCAACUCCUCAGCCUUCCGGAGUCAUUCGACCUAAGCAAUACCAAAGUCUGUAUCCAAGUCCCGGAAACCCGCGAGGAGAGUCUGGGCAUCAUAAUCAACAAAACCGCCUCACAUGCAUAUAGAAUCAAUGGCGAGUCGAAGACACAGUUUCCAGCGGUUGUGGACCGACCAGCUCAAUCGAUUGAGUGA